UUGAGGUGAUUCCCGAGCCGCGGCGGCUGCUCCGGCCGUGCGGGGAAACCGAAAGUGGGCGGUGGCCGCGGUUGUGGCCCUGGCUGAGACGGCGACGGGAGCUGGGCCCAGAGGCGCGGGGACGGGCCGUGGGCCCCCGGGACGAGGUGAAGAUGCUGGAAGCAGAUCUGGUUUCAAAAAUGCUACGAGCUGUCCUACAGUCUCAUAAGAACGGAAUAGCAUUACCCCGGCUCCAAGGAGAGUACAGAUCCUUGACUGGAGACUGGAUCCCCUUUAAGCAGUUAGGUUACCCUACACUAGAAGCCUAUCUGAGAAGUGUGCCAGCAGUUGUGAGGAUAGAGACUAGAUCUGGAGAGAUUACCUGCUAUGCCAUGGCCUGCACAGAAACUGCAAGAAUUGCUCAGCUUGUGGCUCGUCAGAGGAGUUCUAAAAGGAAAACCGGACGGCAAGUUAAUUGUCAGAUGAGAGUAAAGAAAACCAUGCCAUUUUUUCUAGAAGGAAAACCAAAAGCAACCCUCAGACAACCAGGAAUUUCUUCAGAUUUUUCUAUCAGCAAAAAACCUAACCCAACACUGUUAAGAGACAGAGGAAACUCUCUUGGAGUUAAGUCUGAUGCUGAAAUGCCGCCUUACACGUUACACACAACUAUUGGAAGUGAAGUAUUCAAAGACGUUCCAGUGCAGAGGCAUGUGACCAUGUCUACCAACAACAGGUUUAGCCCAAAGGCAUCCCUUCCACCACCUUUUCAGAUGCAUCUCUCAAGAACCUGUGCUAAGGAAAUGAGUGAUAAUUUAAAUCAGACUGUUGAAAAACCAAAUGUCACGCCUCCUGCCUCUUACACUUAUAAAAUGGAUGAGGUUCAAAACCGCAUAAAGGAAAUACUAAACAAGCAUAACAAUGGCAUUUGGAUAUCUAAGCUUCCACAUUUUUACAAAGAGUUAUAUAAAGAAGAACUUAAUCAAGGAAUUUUACAACAAUUUGAACACUGGCCUCAUAUUUGCACGGUGGAAAAACCUUGCAGUGGUGGUCAAGAUUUACUUCUUUAUCCAGCUAAGAGAAAGCAGCUUUUGAGAAGUGAACUGGAUGGUGAAAAAGUGCCUCCAUCCCCACUACCUGCUCCAAAGCAAAUACCACCAUUAAAAGGGUGUCCAGCAGUUAUGCCAGGAGACUUUAAAGAGAAAGUUUCAGAGCUGCUGGCGAAAUACUCAAGUGGUCUUUGGGCCAGUGCACUCCCCAAAGCCUUUGAGGACACGUACAAAGUGAAAUUCCCUGAGGAUGCCUUAAAAAAUCUUGCCUCGCUUUCUGAUGUAUGCACCAUAGACUACAUUUCUGGAAAUCCCCAGAAGGCCAUUCUCUAUGCUAAACUUCCAUUGCCCACUGACAAAAUCCUGAAGGAUGCAGGGCAAGCACAUGGUGAUUUUGAUAUCAAGUCUAUGAUUGAACAAGAGUAUCUGCAGAUAGAAGAAAACGUUGCCAAAAGUGCUGAUACCUUUGUGGAGAAUACAACUGUUCCUCCGUUAAUCAUUCCAACUGAGGCGUCCCCAUCAGUAUUGGUGGUUGAACUGAGCAACACAAAUGAAGUGGUUAUCAGGUAUGUGGGCAAAGACUAUUCUGCUGCUCAGGAAUUAAUGGAAGAUGAGAUGAAGGAGUAUUACAGUAAGAACCCUAAGGUCACUCCAGUCCAGACUGUGCAUGUCGGGCAGUUACUGGCUGUAAAUGCAGAGGAGGAUGCUUGGUUACGGGCACAAAUCAUCUCAACGGAAGAGAACAAAAUAAAGGUAUGCUAUGUUGACUAUGGUUUUAGUGAAAAUAUUGAAAAGAGCAAAGCAUACAGAUUGAACCCAAAGUUCUGUUCACUCUCAUUCCAAGCUACAAAGUGUAAGCUAGCAGGGUUGGAAGUUUUAAGUGAUGAUCCUGAUUUAGUAAAGGUGGUUGAAUCUUUAACUUGUGGAAAGAUCUUUGCAGUGGAAAUACUUGAAAAAGCGGAUAUCCCGCUUGUUGUCCUAUACGACACCUCAGGAGAAGAUGACAUCAAUAUUAAUGCCACCUGCUUAAAGGCGAUCUGCGACAAGUCUCUGGAGGCUCACCUUCAGAUUGAUGCUAUGUACACAAAUGUCAGAGUGACUAAUAUUUGCUCUGAUGGCACACUCUACUGCCAGGUGCCUUGUAAAGGUCUGAACAAGCUCAACGAUCUUCUGCAUAAGAUAGAGGACUACUUCCAUUGUAAGCACAUGACCUCCCAGUACUUCGUUUCGUUACCCUUCUGUGGGAAAGUCUGCCUCUUCCAUUGCAAAGGAAAAUGGUUACGAGUAGAGAUCACGAACGUUCACAGCAGCCGAGCUCUUGAUGUUCAGUUCCUGGACUCCGGCACUGUGACAUCUGUGAAAGUGUCCGAACUCAGGGAAAUCCCGCCACGGUUUCUACAAGAAAUAAUUGUGAUCCCACCUCAGGCUAUCAAGUGCUGUUUAGCAGAUCUUCCACAGUCUAUUGGCAUGUGGACACCAGAUGCUGUGCUUUGGCUGAGAGAUUCUGUUUUGAAUUGCUCCGACUGUAGCAUUAAGGUUACAAAAGUGGACGAAACCAGAGGCAUUGCACAUGUUUAUUUAUUUACCCCCAAGAACUUCCCCGAUCCUCACCGCAGUAUCAAUCGGCAGAUUACGAAUGCAGACUUGUGGAAGCAUCAGAAGGAUGUGUUUUUGAGUGCUGUAUCCAGUGGAGCUAGCUCUCCCAACAGCAAAAGUGGUGGCACCCCCGUUCCGGGCAACACUGGAGAGAAUUUCAGAAAGAGCCUCACAGAUGCCAUCAAGAAGUCCGUGGUGGACCACAGCAGCUCCUUCUCCACAGUGGAACUGCCACCUCCUGUCCACCUGUCGAAGCCAGGGGAGCACAUGGAUGUGUACGUGCCAGUGGCCUGUCACCCAGGCUACUUUGUCAUCCAGCCCUGGCAGGAGAUACACAAGCUGGAAGUUCUGAUGGAGGAGAUGAUUCUGUACUACAGUAUGUCCGAGGAGCGCCACGUAGCUGUGGAAAAAGACCAAGUGUAUGCUGCAAAAGUGGAAAAUAAGUGGCACCGGGUGCUUUUAAAAGGAAUCCUGACCAACGGGCUGGUGUCCGUGUAUGAGCUGGACUAUGGCAAGCAUGAACUCGUCAACAUAAGGAAGGUGCAGCCCCUGGUGGACGUGUUCCGGAAGCUGCCUUUUCAAGCCGUCACAGCUCAACUUGCAGGGGUGAAGUGCAACCAGUGGUCUGAGGAGGCUUCGAUGGUAUUUCGAAAUCAUGUGGAGAAGAAACCUCUGGUGGCAUUGGUGCAGACGGUUAUAGAAAAUGCUAACCCUUGGGACCGGAAAGUAGUGGUCUAUUUAGUGGACACGUCGUUGCCAGACACAGAUAUCUGGAUUCAUGAUUUUAUGUCAGAGUAUCUGGUAGAGCUUUCAAAAGUUAAUUAAUCACUGCUUCUGAGAUAGUGACAAAUAAUUCAGAUUUUUUAGCAAUAACAAAAUGUAGGCUUUAAAAAAAGAAACCUCAUCUCUGCUACAGAGCUCUGACUGCUGUGGGGAUUGAAAAGAAUACGCUUCUGUUUGAUGAAAGAUAUUUAACAAGUUUUGUUUUAACAGAGUUGACUUUUCAAAGAAAAUUGCACUUGAAUUAUUACUAUAAUAUUAGAAUAAAAAUGUUUAUCAAUGUAAAAA